UUUUCAGGUUUUCACAUUCAGGAAGGUUUAUAGAAACAUCCAUGGGCAACAUUGCAACCGUCUUUCAGUCAGGGAAAGGAGAAGAGUUCAGGUAUCCUGCUCUGUACUACAACGACAAUGAGGAAAAACUUUUUGCCUUUGCAGAGAAGCGGACAACCGCAACAGAUGCUACCUCAAUGCUGGUCAUGAGGACAGGAAUAGUGGACACUAAUGAAGCCACUAAAAUGAAGGAAGUGAAGAUGUUUGAGGCUGAAGAAGUAGUAGGAGUAACAAAAAUAAACAACUCUACAUAUCGUCCGAUGAACCCCUGUGUUGUGUAUGAAAAAAACACAGAGACACUGUUCCUUUUCUUCAUCUAUGUCAAUGAGACAGAGCAGUGGCAGCUUCGGCAUCACCAGAACGUGGCCCGUCUGUGCUACAUCACAAAGAAGAUAAAUGACGACAAGUGGAGUGAAUUCACUGAUGUGACCAACGUGCUGCCUACUAAAGGCUGGUCUACGUUUGCUGUUGGUCCGGGCCACGGCAUUCAAACUGAGAAGGGCAGAAUGAUUGUUCCAGCUUAUGCUUACAAAAAGGAAAAUAACAUUCCACAUUCAUUCUACAUUUAUAGUGAUGAUAAUGGUAGCACAUGGCAAUAUGGCAUGAUGCUGGAUAAACCAUCAGGAGAAUGUCAGAUGGCUGAGGUUUCUGAUGGCUUGAUCUACUGCAAUGCUCGCAGUCAGGGAGUCUAUCGAGUACAAGCACAGAUUGAUAAAAGUGGUUUCCACUCAAAAACAUCUGUUACACCCCUUGUGGAAACAGGUGAAGGCUGUCAUGGGAGUGUGGUUUCCUUCCCAGAUCAGUUUGGAGAACCAAACACCAAGUGGCUACUUUAUUCUCAUCCAACAAAUCAAAGUGAAAGACUUGAUUUGGGAAUUUAUCUGAACAACUCUCCACAAAAUUCAGAUGAAAACUGUAGUGGAGAGUGGAGCCAACCCUGGAUCAUUAACCCUGGACCCAGUGGUUACUCUGACCUGACCUACAUUGAAGGUGGCUUGUUUGCAUGUCUGAUGGAGCGUGGAGAAAAAACUUAUACUGAAGAGAUAGUAUUUCAGGUGUUCAGCUAUGAUGACAUCCAGAAAGCCAUCAAAGGAUAAAUGUGACAUCAAAAAAAAUGUCUCAUUUUUAUUCCAC